CGCGGGGUACGCGGUACUUUGAAGCAAAAGCUUACGAGGAUUGAGCUUUCUCCUCAUUUGUGCAACCUUAUCUUUAAAGCUGCGCAAACCUAUUUCCAAGCAUGUGCAACGAUCAGCAGCGAGUCGUUGUCGAGUCGUCAUCCUUCACCGGGCUCUGUAUUCAUAUUUGACGUCUUGCUCACAGUACUCGAAGCGUACAAAGGCAACCAGAGGACAAUCUUCCAAGAUACACAAUCAUGGCACCCGUUACGAACUUCCAAGUCAAGGAGAGAUACGAUUACCUGAAUGGUUUCGGCAGCUAUCAUUCUUCUGAAGCAGUCCAAGGCGCCAAUCCGCUUGUGAUCAAUAGCCCGCAGAAGCCACCAUAUGGGCUGCGAACCGAACGCAUAAGCGGCACAUCCUUCACAGCUCCGCGGGAGAGAAAUCUACAAACAUGGCUGUAUCGUGUCGUAUCUUCGCUCGAACGAAGCGAAUUCCAGCCUAUCGAAGAUGUCCCAGAGCAACCAUCACUCCUGUCUCCCAAUUCGUACAUGUGGCCUUCGUUCUCAGGCGAUGAGGGAGCAGACUGGACGAAGCAGAAAUUGAUCGGCCGAAAUGGCGAACCUGAGAAGAAGGAAGGCCUCGCGAUUUGGUUAUUCGCAGCAUCUCAAUCGAUGGCUCCGCGAACGGCAUUCUCUUCGCUGGAUGGCGAGCAGCUCAUCAUCCCGCAGGCCGGCGCACUCGACAUCCAGACCGAGCAAGGCAGACUUUUGGUCCAGCAGAACGAAAUCUGUGUCAUUCCGCGAGGCGUCCGAUAUAACGUAUCUCUUCCAGAUGGCCCAGCUCGCGGCUACAUCUGCGAGCUGUAUGAAGGACACUAUGAGCUACCAGAUCUGGGCAUCGUUGGUUCUCAUGGCCUUGCCAACGUUCGUGACUUCCAGAUCCCCACCGCACACUUUUCGGGAUCCGUGAAAGACGACCGCGCCGUGAUUUCAAAAAAUGAAGAAUGGACCAUCAUCGCCCGCCUUUCCUCCCGCCUCUGGUCCUGCACCCAACCCUCCACUCCCUUCGACGUCGUCGCCUGGCACGGCACUCUAUACCCCUACAAAUACGACCUCGCCCGCUUCAGCGUCCUCGGAAACCUCCUCUUCGACGAACACGACCCCUCCCUCUACGUCGUCCUCCGAGCCGCAGCACACGGCAAAGCCCCAGGAACUUCCGUCGUAGACUUCGCCAUCAUUCCCCCACGCUAUAGCGUAGCCGAAGACACCCUCUGGAUCCCCUACUUCCACCGCAACACCAUGAGCGAAUUUUACGGGCCCAUCAUCAAUUCUCACGACCCUCGACAUCCUUUGAAUAAAGCUAGUAAGAAAAGUAAUGCUUUUGCGCCGUUUAUGGCCGGGCUUAAUGGGAGUAAUGUUCCGCAUGGUCCUGCUGAGGCGGACUUACAGCAGGCGAGUAAUGAGGAUUUGAGUCCGAGGAAGAUUCAGAAUGAUGGAGUUACGAUUUUCUUGAUUGAGACUGAGAGGACGGUUUUGUUGAGUGAGUGGGCGGAGAAGAGUGCUGUGAAGAAUUUUGGGCAGAAUAAGCCGGCGAGGGCGGGGGCGAAGAUUUGAGGGUGUUGAUGGAUCGUAUUGAAUAGCAUGUAAUCGUUG